AGAACUCAAAAGAGGAACAGUUUCGUCUUGUUUACCACUGUCAGCCAUUUCAAGUUUUCUGCAGCCAAAAACCUCUCAAAUUUUCCUUUAACAAAUCUCAACAAUUUCCCAUUUCCAGAGUUCUCCAGCUACGAAAUUCAUCUUUCCAACUACAUGAACCCUAAUUCAACUCUCUCUCUCUCACACACACACACAGUGCUUCUGCACAUACGGAAAUGAUCGAUGGUUAUGAUCAUGAUGCAUCAGCAUCACCAUCACCAUCACCAUCAGUCCACUGCACCCUCACCACACCCAAUCAAUCCCACUCCUCCACCCACUCUUAGAUCCCCCAACACUGCUACUACUCAAUUUCCUUCACCUUCACCACUUUCUUUAGGUCGGGACCAUGUAAUUGGGCCGCCUGGGGUAGAACUUGGGCUGCCGCCUUUGGCCCGUGUUAAGCUCUCCGAUAUUGCACCUUACGAUGGAGCUCCGGUUGGGCCUUAUUUGCGGGCCGUGGAGGCCCUCUCAGGAUCGCUUAUGCGGCAUAACGCGGCCGUGAUUGAGCUCGGCAGUGAAGGCACGGCGGUCCUACGGUGUGGGCUGGAGUCAGUCAGGUAUUUUUUUAAGACGAGGGCGGUAGCUCAGAAUGGUGGGGCCGGCACUGGUAGCAAGAGUGGUCGUGGGGUUUAUAUAUACAGGGCAGGAAGGCCUUUAGAAGACAUGGACUCUUCUCCCCCAUGCAUGACUGAAGUUUUCCGUUGCAUGGGAAGGGCAGCUCGUGCUUCUUUAAGUGCAAUCGCAAGGCACCUUCGUUUGCGAAGCGAUGUUUUCGAUCACUUGCUUGAUGAUAAUCCGUUGCCCAUUAAUGAGGCCUCUUCGUCCGUUCUUGUUGCAACCUUCUCCAGUACCACCUCUCAAAAUGGGAAGGGAGCUAUUGGUGGAGGGAAGCAAGUCACAAAUGGUGAAGUAGAGAAGGGGCUGUUGACACUAAUUUCAUCUGAUGCUUCUGGUCUUCAGGUUUGUGAUCCAAAUGGUCGUUGGUAUCUAGCAGAUAGUGGCUUGAGUCCUGGGGAUUUACUAUUGCUUACUGGUAAGGCUCUCAGCCAUGCUACCGCCGGCCUUCGUCCUGCAGCUUUAUACAGGGGUGCAGCUGAUAACUAUGUGGGCACUGCUUGUGGUGGAAGGACAUCACUGGCGUUUAGGCUUAUACCUCAGAGCAAUGCGAUACUGGAUUGUUCUCCGAUUGCAGCUGCUGGUCAUGUUAUUCCUCAGAGCUACGUGCCAAUUUCUGUAAGCCAGUUUAUGGAUGACCUUUCUGCCGAGGAAGACAUGCUUAGCAAUACUGAUAAUGCUUAUCAGGUCACUCGAGACAAUCUAAAUAAGGAACCAUCACUCAGAAGUGUUCUUUCGGAUCCUUUAUCUGGCGCAUUCCUUGAAGAUGCUAUGUUUGUUUCAUGUGGACAUUCGUUUGGUGGUCUAAUGCUGAAAAGGGUUAUUGAUAUGGCAAGAUGUACCCUCUGCAAUGCGGAAAUUGAGCGUGGUUCCUUAAUUCCCAACCUUGUACUAAGAGCUGCGGCUGCGGCGGUGAAGCAUGAGGAUGAUCGAAGACUCUUCCACAAUGCAGCUCUUAGAAAGCGCCGAAAAGAAGUGGGAGACAACAGGGAAAAUGGAGAGGUUCCUUCUGAAAAUGGACCCCAUAAAGGUGUUCAGUAUCCAUACUCGGUGAAUGAGAAAGUUGUUAUAAGGGGAAAUAGGAGGACACCAGAUAAAUUUGUUGGAAAGGAAGCUGUAAUCACGUCACAGUGUCUUAAUGGCUGGUAUUUGCUUAAGAUUAUUGACAGUGGAGAAAAUGUCCGGUUGCAGUACCGGUCUCUGCGUAAGAUCGGUCCUUCCCAGGAAGCAGAUGAGAGAUGCCAGUCACAGACAGUUCAGAAUAGUAGCUGAUAGAUUAUCACGACCAAUUUCCAUGUGGAUUAUACUGUAGAAGCGAGCCCCUCUGUACUCUGCUCAAGUUUAAAGAUGUAACAUUUUUUUUCCUGUAACCUAAUUACCGGUACAUGUUUGUGCUGAGAGAGAGAGAGAGAGAGAGAGAGAGAGAGAGAGAGAGAGAGAGAGGUUCAUAGUUUGACAAAAUCCUUAAUUGUUGCUGGUAUAAGAUUGUAAAAGAAACACCCCACCCUAGAAAGAGAUCAUCUUGAGGAUAACAAGGUGGCUCCGAUACCCUGUAGUGCAGUGCUGCUUAUUUUCCACAUGUAUAGCCAAAUAUUCAUUUUUGUUAAAUCUCUCUGUAUGAUAGGGCUAUACAGGGGACGCCCUGUCAUAUUUUUCAGUGCUCCUCUAUGUUUCAUUCA